GCAGUACAAGCAUUGUUAUUCUCUCCACACUGAUCUUUCAAGAUGUCUGGUCGUGGCAAAGGAGGUAAAGGUCUUGGCAAAGGAGGCGCCAAGCGCCACCGCAAGGUUUUGCGCGACAACAUCCAGGGCAUCACCAAGCCCGCCAUCCGCCGCCUGGCCCGCCGCGGUGGUGUCAAGCGCAUUUCUGGCCUCAUCUAUGAGGAGACCCGCGGCGUACUCAAGGUCUUCCUGGAGAACGUGAUCCGCGACGCCGUCACCUACACGGAGCACGCCAAGCGCAAGACGGUCACCGCCAUGGACGUGGUCUACGCGCUCAAGCGCCAGGGACGCACGCUCUACGGCUUUGGCGGCUGGGUCGCUUUCUUGGCCUUCGUAACUUUAGGCUUGGCAGCUUUCGGUUUGGCAGCCUUCGGCUUCGGGGCUUUGGCUUUAGCUGGACUCUUAGCAGCCCUUUUGGGUUUGGCAGCUUUCACCUUUUUCGGACUCUUAGCCACCUUCUUGGCGCCAGCAGCUGCGGCGGGCUUCUUCGCCUUCUUGGGGGUCUUCUUGGCACUCUUCUUGGGAGUGGCCGCACCCGCAGCUUUCUUGGGUUUCUUGGCGGCCCCAGCUGGUUUCUUGGGUUUGGCAGCACCCGAUUUCUUAGUCUUGGGCUUGGCCUCCCCGGAAGCCGCCUUCUUAUUGAGCUUGAAGGAGCCAGAGGCGCCGGUGCCCUUGGUCUGCACCAAGCCGGCGGCCGCUAGCGCCUUCUUGAGCGCAGCCAGCGACACCCCGCUGCGCUCCUUGGAAGCGGCUACAGCCUUGGUGAUAAGCUCGGACACCGGUGGCCCAGUCGCCUUCCGCUUUGCAGCAGCGCCAGUUUUCUUAGCUUUCUUCUUUACAGGUGUUUUCUCCGCAGAUAGGAAGAUCGAUGUUUCUAAGCCAGCAGAUAAAAAGACCUAUUCUAAAUCCCAGGGUGGGGAGGCGGGAACAAAGAGGCGGGAACAGAGAUUUGUUCCCGCCUCACUGUUGCAGUUUCCAAAAAGGUCCGCAGAAGGAGUAUUUAAAGGACUGCAGCGCCGGUCUUCACUGCUGAAACACGCUCAGAGCUCAGUGAGAAUGUCUGGACGUGGCAAGGGAGGCAAAGGCCUUGGCAAGGGCGGUGCUAAGCGCCACCGGAAGGUGCUGCGCGACAACAUCCAGGGCAUCACCAAGCCCGCCAUCCGCCGCCUGGCCCGCCGUGGUGGUGUUAAACGCAUCUCCGGUCUCAUCUAUGAGGAGACCCGCGGCGUGCUCAAGGUCUUCCUGGAGAAUGUGAUCCGCGACGCCGUCACCUACACGGAGCACGCCAAGCGCAAGACGGUCACCGCCAUGGACGUGGUCUACGCGCUCAAGCGCCAGGGACGCACGCUCUACGGCUUCGGCGGUUAAGUCUCGGAUGUUUCCUAACAAAAAAACAUCAACCAAAGGCCCUUUUCAGGGCCACCACUUUAUCACACUAAGGGCUGAGCAUCUACCCUAAGAAGUAAGUUUUUGUUGGUAGUCUUCGAUACUCGGUUCUUUUCUGAGCCUUCAUACUUAAGGCUUGGGAGGCGGGCUGAAAGUGGGAGGAAACUGUAAAAACGAAGGAUCAUGGGAGGAAUUAAAGAUGAGGCCCUCCCAUCUCUGCUGUCCUGACUCCACCUUUUUGGGCGCUAACAUGGCGACGCCGGCGUGUUGAACAAAGCUUUGGCGCGCUACGUAUGGAUGGGAUCCUUAGCCGUGCAAAGAAACCAAGCAUUUUGUUCUCAAUGACUAGCUUCUGGGUAAAAUACAGUGUUUCAUCUCCCAACUUAAAACAGCUAGUGCUUUCAGUUUCACAAAAACCCUUGCCGAAGAAUUUAUAACGUAAAUUAAUUGAACAGGUGGAUCUGACUUCACACGUGGUGUAGGGUGGCCACUUUAGGUUGCCCUAGCAGUCCUAGGAGGGCAUGUUAAGUACGAGAAUACUUAAAGCUUGUUUUCGUUCCUGAACCCUGGUAAUGGUAUCGGAAGCUCCAUUUUGUGUCUUCCAUGAAAACUUUUCAAGGCUAAAGACAAGCUAUUAACUAACAUCACUUAGGCACAAGUGUAGACAGUUGUCACAAUCCUAAAAAUAUCCUUGCAACUUAGAAAAUUAGCUGGUUACAGGUAUUAACUAGCUACAUCCACACACCACAUGUAAAUAGCCACAUGUAAAUACAGUUGAUACGUUUCUAUUCAAACCCAUUAAUAUUUUUCCCAUUUUGUCAAAUCUUUAAGCCUCAAGUAAUCCAGUCACUACAUCUGUGGAUGUGUAUCAUUUUGAUUAUGAUUUAAAGGCCAACCACUCACUGAAAAUAUUCCUGCCACCUUUGCCAAGUGACAGUCAAAUACAAAAACCAAACAUUUAAUUGAUUACAUCUGAUCUUUUUUACUCGCUUCACAUUUCAACAUUUUUACAAAAUUAUUCUGACUUCUCCAGGUUUUAUUUUCUAUUGAUUCUUUUCAUUUUACUUUUCUGGGUUGCAUACCUUUGUGAUUUUUACAAUGAUUUGUUGCAUUAUUAACUUCAUUGGUCCUGCAUAUCCCCAUCCAGAGUGUGUCUUAAAUGGUUAUCUGUGUUAAAAUAAACUCCACUGUGUCAAAUAAA